GUGCGUCUCUGGCGUCUCUGGAGGUGUCUCUGCCGCUGUCUCUGGGUCUCCCUGCCGGAGGCCGAUGCUGGAGCCCAGCGCGCCUUGGGCAGACAUGGCCACCCUCACCGUGGUCCGCCCGCUCAGCCUGGACAGAGAUGUUGCACGAGCAAUUGAGCUACUGGAGAAAUUACAAGCAUCUGGAGAAGUACCUGUACACAAGCUGGAAUCCCUCAAAAAAGUACUGCAGAGUGAGUUUUGUACUGCUAUCCGAGAGGUGUAUCAAUAUAUGCAUGAAACCAUUGCAGUUAAUGGCUGUCCCGAAUUCCAUGCCAGGGCCACUGCAAAGGCAACGGUGGCGGCCUUUGCAGCCAGCGAAGGUCACUCCCACCCUAGGGUGGUGGAACUGCCGAAGACGGACGAAGGCCUCGGCUUCAACGUGAUGGGAGGAAAGGAACAGAACUCCCCAAUUUACAUUUCUCGCAUCAUCCCGGGAGGAGUGGCGGAAAGACACGGCGGCCUGAAGAGAGGGGACCAGCUGCUUUCGGUUAAUGGUGUGAGUGUGGAAGGAGAGCAUCAUGAGAAGGCAGUGGAACUGCUUAAGGCUGCUAAGGAAAGUGUCAAGUUGGUUGUGCGUUACACGCCCAAAGUCCUGGAAGAAAUGGAGGCUCGUUUUGAAAAACUACGGACAGCUCGACGCCGCCAGCAGCAGCAACUCUUAAUUCAGCAACAGCAGCAACAGCAGCAACAGACACAGCAAAAUCACAUGUCAUAGAUUGUUGAAAAUGCUAAUAGCUCAAGAAUUAAGCAAUCAGAGCCAUGCUUCAGUAAUUCCACCAUCAAGGAAAAGGAAAAUCCUGUAAUUGUACGGAUCAAGAAACUUUGAACAAGUGGAAUAAUUAUUAUUUGGCAAGGCAACUGCAUACCUAAUUUUCUGGUUCUAAUACCUUCCUGCUUAUGUAAUCUUUACACAGAUGGAGCUUCCAUUCGAUACAGUGGAAAUUUCUGCUGUGUAAGGAUUUUUUUAAUAUGCUGCAGUUGCAGUCUGAAGAGUUUAAACACCAUGAAAACCCAUGGCUUCUGAAAAAAAAAAAGAGUAUUCAGAGAAUGGAUGGAGUAAAUCUCUGAUCUAAGGUAUUUCCAGAGAUUAACAAGUGAUUAGUCUGUACAUCAAACUGCAUCAGUUCAAGGUUUUUGCCACUAAACACAAAUCAAAGCAGCUCACUUGAUAACACCCCUGUAAGUGUAUAUGUGUAUACACUUACAUAUAUAUAUGGUAAGUGUAUAUAUAUAUAUAUUGCAGAGUUGAUUCAAUUGGACUUCCAGUUUGUAAUAAAUCCAAUUUUUUUCUGAAAAUAGCAAGUUACUAGUAUAAUAUAUUUAUACUGUAUUCAGGUUGUAGAAGCAAUUGGCUUUUUACUCUUGGUGUUUCCAUAAACUUUAUUAUGCAUCAAUAGGGUGGGGCAAUUUUAGGUCAACGUUUAUUUUGUUAGCAGCAAGGAUAGAGAACUCUAGUACUGUAUUUUUGAAUUUAGGCAUUGCAGGUAUCUAUUAUUCUAAAAUUUAAAUGAAUAUAAUGUAUAUUUAUUCCAUAAAAUAUAUAUUGUCAGAAUGUAUUUGUUACAGAAAUAGAUCCUUUUCUCACUAUAAAAUUAUGUCUAGUAAGACACUUAGCAAAAGACCUCACUUUGUUGAACAGGUAUCCAUGUGAUAGGUAUAAUGCAGCUUUCUGUAUUUUUUUUAAAGUUUUAUAUUUUAUGGUUGAUAAAAUUUGACAAAAUGUAAAGUGUUUCUAUCUACACUGUUAUGCUGUCAUGAAGAUCUGUUUGAUAUUGAAGGAUAGGGGUUACUGGAAUCAAUUAGAUAACAUAUAGUACAUACAAUUAUAUAUGUAGCUACCUAAAUAAAUAAUAUGGAAUAUAUUAA